AUGAAGGUUAUCGUCACAGGCGCGUCCGGCGUACUUGGAUCAGCUGUCAAGGCAGCUUUCGAGCAGGCUCAAGCUGAUGUUUUGGGUUUGGCAUUCAGUCGAGCGGGUCCAGGACUUGAGAAACUGGAUUUGACUGAUAAGGAGGCAGUAGAGAAAAAGUUUUCUGAAUUCAAGCCUGACUGGGUCAUCCACUGUGCAGCAGAACGUCGACCUGACGUUGCUGAGAAAGAUCCUGCCGCAUGCAAGAUUCUUAACGAGGGCGUUCCUGGCCAUCUUUCUCAGCUUUCAAAGCAGCUUGGCUUUACCCUUGUCUACAUCUCAACUGACUAUGUGUUCGACGGUCAAGCACCACCGUAUCAGCCCUCGUCACCCACUAACCCAUUGAACCUGUAUGGUGUCACCAAACGGGAUGGUGAGGUUGCCGUCUUGGGCGUUGAAGGAGCAAAGACUAUCGUCCUGAGAGUGCCCGUACUGUACGGACCCGCUCCCAAGAACUCGGACUCCGCGGUCAACAUCCUGGUGGACGUCGUGCAAGAUCAGUCAGGAAAGCAGUACAAGAUGGACCACGACGCGACGAGAUACCCGACCAACGUUCUCGAUAUCGCCAAAUUCCUAGUACGCCUAUCGGCGCUCAAGAAGCCGGUUCCUUCUAUCCUGCAUUACUCGGCACACGAACCGUUCACCAAGUACGAGAUGUGUCUUAUCUUCGCCAAGAUCUUGGGACUACCCCAUGGCCACAUCGUUCCUGUUACCCACCCCCCUCCAGGUCCAGGAACUGCUAGCCGACCGCGGGACUGCCAUCUGGACACCCGAGAAACCGAAGCCCUUGGGGUCGAAGGUGGCCUUGACCAGUGCCUUUUCGAGGAAUGGUGGGCUAGCUAUUUGGGAGGAAAGAAGGAGUAA